GAAUUUAGUGUAAUUCUGUAUGUAUACUUUUGGCACACGGCUGUGAUACCUAAAUUGAUACCAUAAUUUAUUACUUGCUAUCAAACGUAUUGUUUGUAUUCCCAGUGACCUAUUACUGGCUUUUGUAAAUAAAAUAAUAAAUUAGUUGAUAAAAAUAAAUAAUUUAAAUGUCUACAAGGUAUCGCAACCCUGUAAUGAGAUGCUGCAUCAUUGCCAAUGGCAUGGAAACAUCACGGAAUGUGAAAGAAUAUUCAAUCCAACGAUGACAGACGAAGGAAUGUGCUGUAACUUUAAUUCAGUCCAUCGGAAUUUCAUGUUCUACAAUCCUCAAGAGUGGUCUGAUCUCAACAUAACAUUUCCAUACACUUCGAUGGAUUGGAAACCAGAAACUGGAUACAAUGACAGUGUGCAUCCAGAAACUCAGCCAUGGCGGCCUUAUGGAGCUGGAAAAUAUUACGGACUUACUCUAGUUCUCGAUACAGAUGUACGAGAGUAUUACUGCUCAUCAACAGCCAGUGUAGGUUUCAAAUUACUUCUUCAUAAUCCUGUGGAGACUCCAAAAAUGGCUGAUUUUGGUUUCGCGAUCAGUCCUGGAGAAGAGACUCGUAUUGUAAUCACACCCCGUAUCAACACAGCGAGUCUGUCUAUUCUCGGUAUUCCUCGGAAAAAAAGAAAGUGUUUUUUUAAUACUGAACGUAAACUCAAGUACUAUCGUACUUAUACCCAGCGGAAUUGUCUUCUAGAGUGCGAGGCAAAUUUCACUCAAAAAAUUUGCGACUGCGUGCAGUACUACAUGCCAAAGUCAGCAAAUACUCCGAUCUGUGGCAAAAAAGAUGACCAGUGCGCUAAUGAUGCCAGACGACUAAUGGAAAAAAAACUUUAUGAUGAUGAAGCAGCUGCUGAUAAGCUUAACGUUACUGAGAUCCCUAGCUGCAACUGCUGGCCAGGUUGCUUUGAAAUAAAUUACGAGUUCACGAUGUCACAUAGCGCACUCACAUCGACAUUUUACGUCGACGAAUCGUUUAUCAAACACAGUAAAAAAUAUUUCAAACAAAAUAUGGCAGUAGUUCAUUUGUUUUUCGUUGAUUCUCAAUUUCCAAAGUAUGUAAAAAGUGAACUGUUUGGAUUUAUUGAAUUUUUAUCAAACACCGGAGGUCUUCUUGGAUUAUUUAUGGGGUUCAGUUUUCUUUCAGUUGUUGAAAUUUUUUAUUUUAUAACUCUGAGAUUUUGGUGCAGACUUCAGUGGAUUGAGAGAUCAAAAAAUAAUCAUCUCCAACAAACCACUGACAUACAUCCAAAAAUAGUUUAUCCGUUUUCUCAAUAAAUUUAUUAUCCAGCACAUUAAUUAUUAAUAAUAAAUAAUUAUUCAAAAUUUAUGUUAUUUAAAUAUAUAACGCCGAAAAAAAAAAUAUUUUAUUAUAAAUUACGAACUUGGU